GCACCCAAAUCAAGUGGCCUCACGUUUGGAGGACCUUCGGCAUGUGCCCAACUCUCGCUUUAACAAUAUAUCUUCAGUCUUCAAAAUCAUAGUGAUCGUUAUCGGGGCCUCGACAAGUGCAGUUGACAUUUCGAGGGACAUUGCAAGCGUUGCGAAGGAGGUCCAUAUUGCCGAUAGAUCAGCGCCGACUUCCACUUGCGAACAGCAGCCUGAAUAUGACAACACGUGGCUUCAUUCCAUGGUAAAUGCAUUUUUCCUGAUUGACCAUGCACAGGGAGAUGGCACUGUGGUGUUCCGGGACGGCAGUUCAAUCAAAGCGGAUGUCAUCAUGCAUUGUACUGGCUAUCUGUAUGACUUCCCAUUUCUUGGGGAUGAUAGCACCAUCACGGUGGAUGACAACUGCGUUGAUCCAUUAUACAAGCAUGUUUUCCCUAUAGAAGUGGCUCCUGACCUGUCUUUCAUCGGAUUGCCGUGGAAGGUCAUCCCUUUUCCAUUGUUUGAACUGCAAAGCAAAUGGGUCGCUGGUAUUCUAUCAGGAUGGAUCAAGGUUCCAUCGAAAGAUGAAAUGAUGGAAGAUGUCAAAGCCAUCUACUCGAAACAGGAAACUCGUGGAUGGCCCAAGAGAUAUACCCACAACUUCAGUGGUGGCUAUCAGUUUGAGUACGAUGAUUGGCUCGCGGAGCAAUGUGGCCAUCCACCGAUUGAAGAAUGGAGGAAGCUGAUGUAUGCUGCUAAUGCGCAGAAUAAGGAUGCUCGUCCGGAGAGAUACCGGGAUGAGUGGAAUGAUGAUGAUCUGGUGGCACAAGCAAGUGAGGACUUCAAGAAAUAUUUGUAAUUUUUGAUUCUCAUUUUCAUCGCUAUGAGACGGUAUAGUCAUCGCAGUAAGUAUUUUACAGGUAAAAUUAAUUUUCUACAUACGAACUCAAAACCAGGAUGUCCAUGACCUUGAAUCGCUUGUGAAUUACUUUUGUCACCAUAUGAGGAUUCCAGAUUUACAUCUGAGGCAAAAAAGAGUGGUAAAAAUAAUUUAUGUCCA